CGUAUUAAUUGUAGUAUUGUAAUCUGUACAUACACAGAGAUAUUUCCAUGUGGAGAAUCCGAGUAUAUAAGGGGAUUCUCGUAGGGUUUUAGGGUUGAUUUUCACAUCCUUCGCAAUAAAGUCUAUCAACGCGCUUUCCUUCAUGGUUCUUCAUUGUUUUUGUGAGAAGUGAGAACGAAACAAAAUGUUUUUGUUUUCCGGAGCUUGCUUUUUUGUGAUCAAGGUCGCCGAUCGAGGUUCGUUGUUGUGGGGGUGUUAUCGCUCCGUUUUCUUCAGAUUUACGUUGCUAUGAAGAGAAGUUGAUACGAUUUUUUGUCUUCCCGCGACAUCUCGUGAUAUUAUUAAAAGAUGGAUUCCAUUAAACCGUCGGCCCUGCCGACUCCUAAUAAAAGUAGAUUGGCGCGCACUUUUGCCAAGGUUCUUCACUUUCGGAUGGCGACCGGAGCUGCCCUGGUUGACGGAAUUCAGAAGGUAAAGUCCCAAGAUAAUGUCAGUGAAGAUCUGAGUGUUGGUAAGGAUGAAGAGCUUGAAAAUAAGGUGGCCAUGGAGGCUCUUCUUGCUAAACUGUUUGCUAGCGUUUCGUCUGUUAAAGCCGCAUAUGCUCAAUUACAGCAUGCUCAAUCUCCUUAUGAUGCUGAUGGGAUUCAAGCUGCUGAUCAAAUGGUAGUCUCAGAGUUGAUGAGUUUGUCUGAAUUGAAGCAGUGUUACUUGAAGAAACAGUUCGAUCCUUCUCCGGAGACUGCGUUGCUUUCGGCUGAAAUUCAGGAGCUAAAGAGUGUGGUGAAAACAUAUGAAAUCAUGGUGAAGAAGUUCGAAUCUCAAUUGAGGCUCAAGGAAUCUGAACUUAUAUUUCUCAGAGAGAAAUUGGAUGAAGAAACUAAGCAGAACAGGCAAAUUGAGAAGAGACUGAACCAAAGUGGGCAAUUACAUGUCCUCGACAAUCUUCACCAUUCAGGCUUGACUACGACCCAUUUCACUACAGUUCUCCGGCACACGAUCAAAUCCAUUCGAAGCUUUGUGAGGUUGAUGGUGGAGGAAAUGAAAUCUAACGGCUUGGAUAUUGAUGCUGCGGCAAAUGCAAUCCAACCGAGUGGUGUUUAUUGGAAAGAUGAUCACAAGUGUUUCGCGUUUGAGUCCUACGUUUGCAGGCAAAUGUUCGACGCUUUCAACUAUCCUAACUUCUCUCUUUCUUACAAGUCUUUGCCAGAUAAGAAGCCGGAGCAGGAGCACCAACUGUUUUUCAGGCAAUUCAUGGAAUUGAAAUCUUUGAAACCAAAGGAAUUUCUUGCUCAGAAGCCUAAAUCAACGUUUGCAAAAUUUUGCCAUGUCAAGUACUUGCGACUUGUUAAUCCCCAGUUGGAAUCGUCGCUGUUUGGUAAUCUAAGUCAGAGAAACAUGGUGAGCGCCGGUGAAUUUCCGAACACCACCUUCUUUGCUUCAUUUACAGAAAUGGCGAAACGGGUUUGGCUCCUACACUGCUUGGCCUUCUCUUUUGAGCCUGAGGCCUCGAUCUUUCAAGUUAGCAAGGGAUGUAGAUUCUCUGAAGUUUACAUGGAUAGUGUCGCCGAUGAAGCGUUCCUUUCGCCGGAAUCCGACCCACAAGUGGCGUUCACCGUUGUUCCGGGGUUCAGGAUCCAGAAAACUGUUAUACAGUGUCAGGUGUAUCUCUCUCCACUCCAUACCAAUGUAUCUAUAAACGAUAAAGGUACGUAGAUCUUGAUCAAAUAACGGUAAUUAUCAAUCUGAAUUGUUAGUACAAGUAACGUGAGAGAAUUCAUAUACAACUUACCUAUCCAUAUAGCUGGUCGGGUCGGGUAGUUUGUGGAUCUCUUACUUUACGUGUUUAAAUUACUAACAAUUAAAACAGAUAUAUAAUUGCUCUAAAUUUCUGAUUGGACACGUGACGGAGAUUAAUCGUUGGGUACCAUCUGGACCACACGACACAUUGAACUGGGCGAGGGAAAUGGCUUCCUACGUGCUGCGUGUCUGGGUGUUGUGGGGACUACCAACUCGGUUACAAGACACGUUUUUGUCCAUUUGUGGCCAUUUUGAAAAGGAAACCGCGUGGGUCUGUCACUAUUUUUGUUUUGCACGGACAUCCCCCCUGCAAUUUUGUUAAUAUUAGGCUCGUGACAGGGAUUGUCUAGCUGUUAUGCAUCAUUAGCAAACAUUGCAAUUAGGUAAUAUGUGUACAUAAUAUAAUACAUCCCAGUUUUAUAAUGUUUUUUUUCUUCAUAUUA